AUGGAUUCUGUUCCUUCAGCUUCCACAAAUAAAAUGCUGCCAGAAGUCAGGCCCAGGGCCUCCACGCUGCGACAGCCCCGCUCCAGCAGCUGCAGCAGCAGCAGCAGCAGCAACAGCAGCAGCAGCAGGCGAGUUGGAGGCGGCGAGCAGCAGCAGCGGCACCAAGAACUACAAACGGAGAAGCAAUAUCGCACAAGCACCAAGCAGGUAAGAGGCAGCAGCAGCAAGUCACUAGCAGCAGCAGCAGCAGCAGCAGCAGAGGCAGCAGCGGAAGGGGCAGCAGCAGCAGCUACAGCAGCAGCCGCAACAGCAGUAGCGAGCCCGCAGAUUCAGCCGCGCUGCACCAGGAGAAAGAAUACCAGCAGCCACACAUGCAGCUGCAACAGCAGCAGCAGCAGCAGUAGCAGCCGUAGCAACAGCGAUAGCAGCAGCAGCAACAGCAACAACAGAGCAGCAGCAACAGACAGCGAGCAACGAGAGGAGCACGUUGAAGUAAGCACCAGAAACGCAGCCGUCAGCAGCAGCAACAGCAGCAGCAGCAGCAACAGCAGCAGCAGCAGCAGCAGCACCUGUUUCUUCUCUGCGUCUGUGUAG